CAUUUAACCAGGAUGGACUUAUCUGAGGCAUUCACUCAUGUAAUGGCAACAAUGCCAGUUGCUUUAUUACCAAACUCGUCACUGGACAAUGUCAGCCAGGCAUCCUCUGGUUCGUCAAGAUCCGCUCCUCUACCUCCUCACUCGCAGGUUGCGUCAGUGUUUAUCGUGCUGGUGGUCUCGGUCAUCAUCCUGGGGACUGUGGUUGGGAACGUGCUGGUCGUGGUGGCGGUGUUCACCAGUCGAGCUCUGAGGGCACCUCAGAACCUUUUCCUUGUGUCUCUGGCUUCAGCGGACAUACUGGUGGCAACGCUGGUCAUCCCGUUCUCCUUAGCCAAUGAGGUCAUGGGCUACUGGUACUUUGGUUCCACCUGGUGCUCCUUCUACCUGGCACUGGACGUACUCUUUUGCACUUCCUCCAUUGUCCACCUCUGUGCCAUCAGCCUCGACCGCUACUGGUCCGUCACUAAAGCGGUGAGCUACAACCGCAAACGGACUCCCAGGCGGAUCAAAACAAUGAUCAGCAUUGUGUGGCUCAUAUCUAUUGUCAUCUCGUCCCCACCGCUCCUCAUGACCCAUAAAGAAGAUUUGGAGACACACCAGGAGAAUGACACACUCACACAGGAGUGUCUUCUUAACAACCAGACAUGGUACAUCCUCUCCUCCUGCUUGGUGUCCUUCUUUGCACCGGGAGUCAUCAUGAUACUUGUUUACUGUAAGAUAUACCGCGUCGCCAAGCAGAGUGCCUCCACUGUGUUUGUGGCGAAGAAUGUGAUGGAGCGGCAGCCAUCACAGUCCGAGACAUGCUUUGUGGGCACUUCGAGGAUUUGCCAGAGACAGGGCUGUCCUCAGUAUGAACUGGACAGCCCGCGGCCUUCUGCCCGACACAGCUCCUCCAACAUCAACAGCAACAGCAGCAGUCACAGGAGAGGAGAGCUGGAUGACAUUGACUUAGAGGAAAAGAGCUGCGAAGGUGAUAUAAAAACAUCCCUGUCAUUUUCCUCAUCUCUCCGCUUCCCCAGGAGAGGCGGCGGGAAGGGGAAAACAGACGAGGGAAAGGACGCUGAGGGAACAGCAAACAGUUUAAAACCACCUCCUUCUCUUCCACCUCCUUCCUGCGCCUCAAUAUCAUGGACAUCAUCGGACCACUGCUCUAACCAUUUCCUCCUCCCGUCUCCGGUGCCUCUCCGCAGCAGACACAUGUCUCUAUCCAAAAAUAAAGUGGCACAAAUGCGGGAGAAGCGUUUUACAUUUGUUCUGGCAGUGGUGAUGGGUGUAUUUGUCCUCUGCUGGUUUCCAUUUUUCUUCACUUACAGUCUCCAUGCUGUCUGCAGAGAGAACUGUAUCAUCCCCGACAGUCUCUUUAACCUGUUUUUCUGGAUUGGCUACUGCAACAGCUGCCUGAACCCCAUCAUCUACACUAUUUUUAACCGAGACUUCAGAAGGGCCUUCAAGAAAAUUCUAUUCCAGACUCAUAAACAAACUUAA